AUGGACGAUUACAUGUUUCGGUUCUACAUCGAUGAGUGUCGAGUCGUGAGCGAAGCGACCACGUACUUGGAGAUAUUCAACUACUCGGACCCGUUCUACAACUCGUGCGAGGAGCAUCCGCUGACGCAGGAUGAGUUUGACAACUUUUUGCAUCGGAGGGUGAGUUGCAGACGCCCGUUCGCAGAUGCUCGUCCCUACCGGCCCGCCGAGCGACUGACUGAAUACGGCACCGAUAUCCAGGGGGCCUUUGCGCCGCCGGACAAGAUGCGGGACGGUACGAGGCUGCUGAGCGGCAUACGACUUGUGGUGCAGAAGAACGCCAAGGACAAGGACACGUUCAUGCCAAAGGUCAUUUCGUUGCCCAAGGACUCGUACGAGAGUAUGACGCGGGUGCUCAAGCUGCCCUUCCGAGCCAUCGAGACGUCCUCGGUCGUCGGGCCCUUCUUCUGGUCCGCCUACGACCAGGAUGACGACGACCCUCAUCUGCAAAUCAUCCACCGCAAGUCGGACGUGCGGAAAAAGGGCAAGACGCGUGGCUGGGAGAUGAUACUCUCCCACUCCUUCACCACGAGCAUCACCACCGGCUUCGUCAAGGGCACCGCCAGCUCCGACGUCGUCAAGAUGCUCGAGCAUGUCCGUGCCUGCGCGCCCCAGGUCGGCCAUCCGAUGCUCCUGCCAACAAUUGUCCUCUCAUAUGACCUCUCCCCCACCAACGACCAGAAGCAGCGCGACGCCCGCGAUUGGCUGCGUCGCCUCGAGAACGCCGUCAGCCUCCGCGACGAGGUCUCGGCCCACGAGCAGUACUUUCAGGACGGCCUUCUCGAGAUCGACGGCCUGAGCAGGGACCUCGUCGAGUGCCACGGCCACGUCAUGUGGAAGCGACCCCAGGCAUACUGGGCCCUGACCGAGGAGAUGGAGAGGGCCAUGGACAAGUUUCACGUCAAAUGGAGGACCAUCGAUGGCCCGGAUGCAAACCUGACGCCGCAGGAGGAAGCGCACUGGAAGGAGAUGGACAAGCUGCACAGGAGCCUGCAGGCUCGCCUCGACUUUUACAAAGUCAAGCUCAAGGGACUGGAGAAUUACAUCCAUACGACGCUCGAGCGCCUCAAGGUCCAGCGCGAGGCCCUGUACAAUAUCAUGUCUCAGCGCGAGGCGAGGCUGAACCUCGAGAUUGCCGGAGAGCAGCGCCGGAUCGCGCAUGCGAGCAAGCGGGACAGCGCCGCCAUGAAGACCAUAUCUCUCAUGGGUGCCUUGUUUCUGCCGGGAACCUACCUCGCCUCGGUCUUUAGCAUGACCUUUUUCAACUUUCAAGCCGAAGCAACCCGGGCCGUCGCCCCUCAGCUGUGGAUAUACUUCGUCGUCACCAUCCCUCUAACCGCCAUCAUCGUCUGCUCGUGGUGGUGUUUUGACCGUCGCCGCGAGGCUCAGUACGCCGUCGACGACGAGGACCUGGAGAAAGACAUUGAAAAAAUGGAAAAGGACAUCAUGUUCCACCUACGCAAGAGGACCAUGAGCAAGGCUAAUACCUGGAACUCGCUCUCCUCACCGGCGCACCCAUAG